AUGCCCACCCAGGCAGGCCUCACUUAUGGGUCAAUUUCCUCAUUGUGUGGAGAGAAACUCCAGUCAAAUGCCCGGGUAUGCCCAGGGAUGGGCGGUUUUGGAAUUGAAUGGUACGCUUCCUUUACUAUCGUGACUGAAAAAGAGAGUGUUUUGAUUUCAGUCUCAUUGGAAUAAUGCUAUCGAUGCUAAAACUGCUGGGCAAUUUGACAGCUCAAUUAUCAUGAAAUGAUUUGCCUUGAAUUUCCUUGUUCACUCCGAACAAUGAAUGUCAUGUGGAUGAUGAAAAUCUGCUCAGCAAAAAAUUUGUGCCUCAACUUCUCAGUUGGGCCUUUAUCUGAUGAACAUUUUGAUUUUUGUGUCCACUGUGUGAUAAAAACUGAGAUGCUCUUUCAACAGCGUAGGAUAUUUAUAACCUGACACCACUGUCAUGGAAGAGAUGCUUUCAUAUUGCAUGACAUUCACCUCAUAGAAAAUAGCUGGUAAAAUAGUUUUACUCCUUACAAUAACCAUUAGUUACAUAACCAACUUUGUGAAAACUAUGAACCAGGAAGAUGCAAAUCCACAUGCAAAUUCAAUUGGGUUCAAUGGCCGAUUGAUGAAUCAAGCUGAAAGCAGUCCUUGAUCCAUCCUUGGGAAACGACUACCAUAAAUCCUUUACUAAGCCCUUCCCUCUCAAAUAAGCCCCCCCCCCCUAAAUGUGUUUGAAAUAAAUAAGCCCCAUGGGGGCGUAAAAGAGGAUUUAUAGUAAGUUCACCAUGGAUUUGCCUCAGUGCACUAUGAAUUCAAUGGUAGAUUUCAUGAAAAAAGCAAGGAUCUGUCGCUAAAAAGCCAAACUGUAAUGCACUUGCAGCAAAUACAAUCUGCAACCUUAGCAAGCUGGUCUGCAACUUGCUGUUAUUAUGAAGCUGAAAAUAUUGAGCAUCUCUUGAGAAACACUGAUUGGCAUUUUUUCCUUUCAAAUUCACUUCAAAGGGGUAGGAAAGUGUCUCCAGGCUCCAUCGCCUUUCCCCUCCCCAGACUCUCCCUCAGUCUGCUUCUCUUGCUGAAUUUUUUUGCCUUUUUUCCCACUGUAGAGCUGUUCCAGGCUAUUGUAGAUAACAUCUAUUUGAGUAUUAUGUUUUGCAUAGUCUUGCAUUUCUUCUGUUCACAACCCUUGCACAAAUAAAUUCCAUAGGUAAAGGUAAAGGCGCACAUGCCGGAGCUUAUAUAUCCCGGUUUCCUUAUCAUGAAGCAUGCCUAGGAGUAUUGCUACAUGUACCCCCCCCUGGACGAGAUGCUAGUCCAUCACAGGGUUACCCCCCAGCAGUAUAUCUCUGGUACCCAUUUAUGCAACUUGGUGAAGAGAGACAAAGUGGAGUAAAGUUCCUUGUCUAAGAAAACAAUGCGACAGGCAAGGCUUGAACCCCGGACCUCCAGAUCCGCAGUUCGAAUUGUCAACAGCUUGGCUACACACGCUUCCACAUGAUAUAUUUUAUGGGACGUUACAUUUUAUAUGGCCACCGCCACCAUAUUGAAUUUGAACAUUUUAGUUCAGGCCUCAGGUCACACAAAAGUGUUGGGAGAAAAUGAGAAAAUAUGCUGCCUGAAGGAGGGAAAAAGCAUUUCUGAACAUGUUAAGUCAAAAUUUUCACAAGGGAGCAUGCGAUGUGUUAAGCGGUACAAGUAGCACAGCAGUGGCUGUACAAAAUUCUAUUGAGAACCCUGAGAAUGAUUGCUCUUCAUUAUAUUGAGGUUCCACUGUAACAAAUUUGUUAUACUAUUUUUUGUUGUUGUUUUUUUUUUGAUGAACAGGUGGCAUCUUGAUACCAAUGGGUCCUUUUCCUGAGAACCAAACAUUUUUAACAUGUGGUCACUCAGAUCGCAUCCUCAAAUCUAUCAACAAGCUGAGGAAGGAGAAAAAGCUUUGUGAUGUUACUCUUAGAGUUGGAGAAAAGGAAUUUUGUGCACAUCGUGUGGUACUUUCCGCUUGCAGUGACUACUUUUGUGCCAUGUUUACUGGGGAUUUGGAGGAGAGUCACCAGUCUGUAGUUGAACUUCAUGGCUUGGAUUCUGAUACUAUGGAAUUUCUUCUGGACUUUGUUUACACUGAGUCAAUUCAAGUCACCGUGGAAAAUGUGCAAGCUCUGCUUCCUGCUGCUUGUUUGUUACAAUUGACAGGUCAGCUAUUUAUUUGACCAUUUGAUCCAAAAGGUGAAAAGGGUGUUAAGUAAAAUUCAAGCAGCAUAGCAUUGCAGCAUUGGCAUGCUGCAAUAUGUAAGCAUAUACAGUAUACUAGGAAACCUGUGUGAUACAAACUUGCAAUUUCUUGGGAUUUUUCCACAGAAUUGUCCUUUCCAUUAGAAACUUCGAAUUUUUAAAAAAAUGUAUAUCCAAGAUUGCUUAUAUUUUGUAUUAAUUAUAUAAGUAAUUUAUUUUUUCCAUUUUUUUAAAACAAUAUUGAAUUUAUUUGUAAUUAGUCAAUAACUAAACUAUUUACAGGGCGACUGUCUAUUGAUUUUUUAUAUUGGUAGCCUUGUAACUUUUAUUUUCUGCUUUAAGUAUGAUUAUUACCUUUCCCUUAUUUAAACAUUUAUUAAUACAGGCAUUCAAAUUUAUAGAAAAAGUAAUUUAAAUGAGGAAAAGUAAUAAUAGAAAUAUUAUUUAGAAAUUCUAAGAAAUUCUGUGGAAACAAAUAGUGGUUGACCCUUUCAACAGUUUCAGCGUUAAUGUGCAGAUUUUAGCUGUAGGAAUAAGGUUCUGGUUCUGAUCCAUAAGAGGAAAUAUACUUCCAUUACUAUACUGGAGCGGCUGGAAUACUAGAUUAAUGUCCUCAUCUACUAUGAGAGUGCUCAAUAGUAAAACUAGAACAGAAUGCAAGGAGACUGUUGGAGCUGGACUAAGCGGCCUAGAUACAUUUAUUGCUGCUAAAUUCUUGACAAGCAAUGUAAAUAAAUGAAACUACACGUAUAAAAAUUCUACAAAAUCAAAAAAUAUAUAUAGAAAUAAAUGGAUGGCUCCUUGAACAGUUUUAGUGGCAGUGUCAGUAUCCCUAGCAUCAUGCAGAACAUUUCUUAUUGCCCUAUAGGGUCUAAGACAAAAAAAGAUAGGUCUUAGUACAUAAGGAGAUUUUCUGGUUCCGAUACAUGGGAUGGUUUUGGAAUAUUGCUCCCUUUCUUGAUAGCUAUCAGCUGUGCUAAUUGACUGUGGUACCUCUUGCAUUCCUUUGCCAUUUUGUUAUUUGUAGCAAAGACCAAAGUGCAAAAUUAAUAUUCCAUACUCAGUUGCGAACUCACCUUGAAUACCCAUGUGUUUUUUGUUCUCAUAAUUACGAUAGCCUCAUUGUGGUUCAAGGUCCUCAUAUGACUCUCUCUAUUAGGGUGGCAGACCCAUGCUAAUCAUGCAAGCACGAAUUUGAAAAAGUUUUCGAGUUGAAAACUUGACAAGCUUACUUUAUUUACCCAUUCCCUCGUUAGCUGAAACUUGGAAAAUCUUUACAAACAUGCCAUGUCAGUUUGUUUUCGAUUAAGCUGACAUUUUAAGCGAGAAAAAUCUGUGUUUUGGAAAGCAUAUUUUUUGGCAAAACAAGAACUGAUUAUGCGAGCAAGGCUUCGUGUACACGACUUUACAACUGGUAAGAAUUUCUCUUUUAAGCAGUCCGGUAACAAAGAGUUUCACACUUUUUCUUGGGAGAGUGAAUUUAUAAAGGCACUAGAAAACUUUGCUUCUGUAUUUGCAUAGGCUGAUAAAAACACUCAAGGGGUUGGGAGAAUUCUCGAUAGUUAUGCAAACCCUUGACUUUGUCUCGGGUUUUGAAUCUCAAAUUCUCACAACCGCUCUUGUGUUUAUAUCAGGCUAUUAAAACACGGAAAAUGUUUUCUAUUGCUUAAAUAAUUAUUGUUAAACAGGCCAGAGAUGUGUCACCAGAGUGCAAGUGGUGUCUUUAAGGAAAGACUUAAGGGAAGGAUUGUUACAAAAGUAGUUGAUAUAAUUAAUAAAGAUAUUGAAAAAAGAUAGUCCUAAUAAGCUUUGUUUAGGAUCCUUCGUUUUAAUCACCUGAUAUUUUCAUCUUCUGUGUUGUUCUAUCUGCCUGUUGCAUCUCAUUCUGUCACAAUUUCCUUCUAUUUAAAUCCCAUUGACAAAUAGGCCAUUUAUGUUCAUUAAAGGUUUAUUUUAUAGCAUUGUUGAAAUUCGUUGUGCAAAGUUCAGCUGUUUCUAUGGUGCCACUAUUCUUGACUGCUGCAAUCAAUGUUCCAGGGUUACUGUUAUGCUAUAAAUCAAGUUGUGUUUGGUGGAAUCUUGCAUGAUUGAUGACCUCUUUACCCAAUACGUAUGUCAGCUAGUGUGGGUUCAACAUACUAUACCUCAUUCGACUCAUUCCACAGCUUGUGAUGACCAUUCUUAUAGCUGCACUGAUUCAAAGUUCCCUGGGUGAGAGUAAGUUGUUUGUCCUUCUCAUUCUCAUGCUACUUGAUUCUCUCUCUUGCAUGGACUUUUCGUGUUUGCCCAUGUAGAUUUUGCACCAGGCACGAAGUCCUUCAUCUCCUUUUAAAGUGCAAAUCUUACCAGUCCAAUCAACUGUACUAAGUGUAAACUACCUGUGAAUGUCAAGUUAUUAUAAACUCAGUUGCAAACUUCACAGUGCAAUGUUUAUUCCUGAGACUCUUUUCUUGGAGUUUGUCUUCACUUUCCUUGUAAUGUACUCCCUUAUUGUCUAUAAAUAAAUACAAAUUUAAAUAUUAAUAUCGUUCUGUGUAAGGUUUUGGACGUUUUAAAGGAGGUUUUAAUUCUAUUGAGUACUUUUCAGUCAUAUGUACUAAAUAAUUAGAUGAUCUUGUCUCUUAUGCCCUCAAAUUUGCAAGCACUGCACUCGAAGAACUUUGAUGUCACUUUAGAACAACUACAACAUUUAUUAUUAAUCAAUACUUAGGAACACAUCGCUUAAGUGUUAUUUUUAAUGAACAUCAAUAACAAUGCCUCCCAUAAAUGGUUAUAUACAAAUUAUGGAAAGUAAAUAGUGUUUUUUUAAUUUCAGAUGUACAAAGUGCAUGUUGUGAGUUUUUAGAACAGCAGUUGGAUCCAUCAAAUUGUUUGGGCAUCAAGACAUUUGCGGAGACCCACAGCUGUGAGGAACUGAGGAAAGCAGCUGAAAAGUACAUCCUGAAGCAUUUUAUUAAUUUAGUGGAGAGUGAAGAGUUCCUUCAACUGUCCAGUGAAGAUGUUGAGUCUCUUAUAAAAUGUGAUAAUUUAACUGUAAGUGAGAUCAUCAUCUUUUUAUCAGUGACAAUUGGCCGCUUGUUAUGGUAUUUGCUUUGUUUAACCUCUCUAUAAUGGCCAUCUCUUACAAUAGCCCCUGCUCCAAGAAGGCCAUUGUGGAGAGGUUUAACUGUAUAUGCUGAAAAAAUAAGCUGUCAUAUAUAACCAGAUUAGCUUGCUAUAGGCAAUAAUGGUAAUAACAGAUUUAAAAAGAUUAAAGAUACCUUCUUCAAUUAAGGUUGCUUUGGCAAUUUGUCAUUGGUGGUUGGGCAUUGGGUUAUUGAGCAUACAGAAUAGUUCAAUGAUUUGCUUGUUUGACCACCAAACAAUAGAUUCCCAGUGUGCAAUUACUAAUGAGGCCCUACCAGGGUAGGGGGGGUGGGGGUCCUGUGUCAUUAGUUGGAAUGUUAAAAUGUUUUGUGUCGGUGUUGAUAAAUGCUUCACACAGCUGUCAGAAAUUGAACAAAAAUUCUCUGUCUAUGUCAGAAUUUUAGAAAAGGGGGAUAGCGAUGUGUUGUAAAGAAACCGUGCAGUUCUGCAGUUUCUCAGUUAACAUUUUGCGUAUCAAAUUGAAACACCUUACUUCUUCUUGGCAUUCAGGCUUGUUAUAAAUUAGCCAAACCACUGUUCUUUAUCAGUUAUUCUCAGCUUUGCCGUCACUGUAACAAUUUGGCCAAGGGAGGUUGUCUCUUGUUGUGAUGUUAUUUUAUGCUCUGUCGCUACUUUUUGAAAAUGUCUCUUGUUGAAAUUUACCCUGGCAGGGCCUCACUAAUGCCAAAGCAACCUUUAUUGAAUCAGCUAUAUAUAUAUUCAAUACAGAUAGACAAGUUACAAGACACAUUUCAAGCCAUCCUAUCUUGUAUUUAAACCUCCAAUGCUUAUGCUUGGGUCAGUCCCACAUUUGUAUAGCUUUUGCUUGCCUGAAAUUGUGAAUACAAGCUGUAAUAUUAAACCAUGCAUGUACCUUUGUUGUUGCAUGAUUUGCAGGUGCCAUCUGAAGAAGCUGUCUUUGAAGCUGUUAUUUCUUGGGUAAAGCAUGAUGAAAGUAAAAGAAAGGAUUCCCUGUCUAAAAUGAUGGAGUUUGUUCGCUUGCCACUCCUAACACCACGUUAUUUAACAGACACAGUCGACAAUGAAGUGAGUUAUAUAUAUUAUUUGCCUUAAGUAAAGUAAAAAUCACACACCUGGGGUCCUUCGAAUUACAGGUGAGCCUCCACCCCCCAUAAGACACCACCUUACCAAAACACAAAAAGCAAUUUGCCUGUCAAAGCAUAGCCUGCGCCUGCGUAGCAAGCGUUUCCUUUUGGUUUCAGAGCAAAGAAAGACCGAGAAGUGGAACGAGAGCCAUUUUUGGCGUAGAUUGUCGCGUAGACUACGAGUUUACUACGGGUAGUCCCCAUUUUUCCUCAGAGAUAGUAGAGCGAGCGAAACGAGAGUACUCGUGAAAAUCACCCCACGCGAGAAAGGCGACUACUCGUAGUCUAUUUUUGGCAUGGUCUUUGACUCUUGUUCCUCAUUCUUUGCUCCUAAACCGCACGUAAACACUUGCUACGCAGACUAGUCAAAGCACUAAAGUUGGAACCAACGUCCUUUAAGGUGGUUCGAUAGGGUUUUUCAGGGUCAGUUCCCUCCCAAGUUUGAGCAUAAACAACAUCACCAUUAACAAAGAUUUGGAAAAAUCAACAGUACAGCUGUAUUGGAAGAAACUUAUUUUGUCAAGCUUUAUUGGGCAAGAUCAAAGCGCAAAAAAAAUAUAUAUAUACAAACAUAAAGAAUUAAAGCCCAAAAGGGAUGGGCACGAACGGGACACUCAGACCCAUGCGGGGUGCCCACCCUAGGAAAAUAUGAUCAGGGUUAUAAUGACAUAAUGACAUCGGAGUUGCCAUAGCAACGAAAUUACGCCAUUACUUAUUUUACUUGCAGCUGGGAACUUUUCUUCCAGAAUCGUUCACGGGAACUUUUCUUCCAAUGAUCAUCUCGAUGUUCUCGAAGGUUAAGCGAAAUCUGUAAGAACGUUAUGGGGAUAUUUUGAGGUGAAGUUUUUAUGGUUAGAAAUACGUUGAAAACUGGACAAUCUUGAUGUUUGCCCGUGUUUGAAAUGCAAUUUCACCUCAUAGUAGUUUUACUCUUUUUAGAAAUGUGUGUGAAAGAUCAUGGAGAUCGCUCUAGCCGAUUGCUAGAAGGAUUUGAUUAUUAUCAGAAGCUGCAAGCACACAUAUAUUAUUAUAUCGAUGUCAUUGUAACCCUGAUCAUAACAAAUUUUCAUCUUUUAUCUAAUAUAACUGUGGUGGUAAUUUUGCCAAAUCUUUGUUAAUGGCGAUGUAGUUUAUGCUCAAACUAGGGAGGUAUUGACCAUGAAAAACCCUAUUUAGCCACCUUAACUGACCAUCUACUCAGAACGGCAAGUUUUUCUCAGUCAAAGCCCUCUUAGUUGAAUCCUCUUGUAACCACCGCGAGGGCGACAACUGACGUGAUGAUGGUAUUACAAUUUUUCAUUAAUAAUUAGAAAGAAUAUUAUGAUCGUCCUGAAUAGGAUUGUUGUUGACGGUGACUAAUGUUUCAGCAACCUGUGUGGGAGUCAUCUUCAUUGUCUAAGUGAGUUGUAUCACGUCAGUUGAAUGAACAGUUCAACCUCCAUUAAGCAACCACGUAUUAAGGGGCCACCCUCUAUGGGUGGUCUGUCAGUUGAGCCAUGAUGUCUAAAAAGAUUUUUAGAUACACCUAGUGAAAAAAAAAAAAAAAAAAAAGCACUUUACUUGAGUGUCAAUGUAUUUAGCACGAAAGUACUAAUUGGGACACUAUAUUUUACGUCUCCUAAUGGAGACGGGACCGCCAUUUUACGUGGUCAUCCGAGCCACGCGAAGGUCCAGCCGCCUGCAGGGCAAAGGAAGUGCCUUCAUUUCUCAGUUAUUUUUAAGACCCUGAGUAUUGGUCCGGCCCCGGGAAUCGAACCCGCGACUUCCCGCUCUGCAGUCAAGCGUUUUACCGACUGAGGUAAUCCUGCCGCGGUGAAAGUUAUAUCCUGGAUGGGAUUUUAAAAUUGUUAUACCUCUGAAGGUAAACCAUUUUGAACAGAAUAGCGGCUGGCGUGUAAAGCGGAAUGUUGACAGUAAGAAGACAAAGCUCCAGUUCCUUCCUGCCGACUGGUAACAGUACAGUUAUGUCUUACUUUGUAGCUCCUGAUAAGACAAAGCCUCGAUUGCAGAGACCUAGUAGAUGAGGCAAAAAGGUAUCAUUUGAGGCCGGAGUGUCGUUAUUUGAUGCAUAACAGUAGAACCAAGUCGCGUAUUGGCCUUGCAGAAGUAAUGUACGUCUUGGGAGGUUUUGGAAAUUUACAGUCUCCAGUCGAUGUUGUGGAAAAGUAUGAUCCGGCUACAAAUCAGUGGUGUAUAGUACAGGUGAGCAUCGGCAGACGGACUUACAACAGCUUGUAGUUAUUGAAAAUGAGUGUCGAGUGAUGUCAAAGCCGGGUCACUCAGUUGAUUUAAGGUCACUACAUGCGUUUGGGGUUAGAACAUUUUUUGCUACUUUACGGUACGACAACGGCGACGACUACGAAAACAUUACUUAAAAAGGGUAGUCGCGCUGCUUCAAACUUCAUCGCGCUUUUCAAAUGUUGACAUUUUUUUUCUGGAGUUAAAUUCUAAAAGACUGUAUUGAAGUUCAGGAAAAGGAAAAGAAAGUCGUUUAUUUGUGUUUACGUCUUUGACAAAGCUUAAACUCAGGCAUUUUCACUUCUUAGUCGUGCAGUGACGGCAAAGAAAUGUACAAAAAAGCGUGAUGCAUGUGCAGAGUUGUUGUUUUGCCAAUCUAAACCUAUUGCUUUUUGCCCUUUCCGUUGUCUUCUCCGUCGUCGUUGCUUAAGCAUCCCUUGUGACGAUAGACUUGGUGGGGAAAAAAAACGCGUAGAGUAUUUUGCGUAACAUAGAUCACGAGCAAUGGCGUUUUUGCAUCUUUAACUCAUACUGAAGAGUGUUUUUAACAAGCAGAUAGGUAUUUGAUCAAUUUUAUUCUUUUCAGAUUCUCUAUUUCAAGAUCAGCCUUUCUACGUUCCGUUUUACUCUAAAAAUGAUCACUUUUGUUGUAAAUAUUGAAUUUUAUACAUACAUGAAAUUUUUUUCUGUGUCGAAGUGUUAAUAUAUUUUGCCCGUAAAGCUGUUACAUUUUUUUCGUGAUUUCUUUUAAGAUAGUUAAAACUAUCUGACUUCAACCAUCUUAAUCUGUCCUCCAGCCAAUGAAAAGAAAGCGGCGAUACCUAAGUGCAGUUGCCUUGUACAGUAGACUUUAUGCUAUUGGGGGCUAUGAUGCUUCUAGUCGACUAAAUACUGUGGAAUGUUUUGAUCCGUCGACAUGCCAAUGGAAAGACAUGACACCCAUGUUACAGAGGCGUGGUUUGGCAGGAGCAACUACCUUAGGAGGUACAGUUCUUACUAAUGAUAACAGCGAGAAUGCACGUUACGAAUGUUACAAACAGGUUUUCCUGUGUUGGGAUCCGCUUUUGCCAUUGAUUAAUCGACCUAGACGUUGGUUUGUAAAGUAGUUAUAUCCUGCUCAUUGAACUCAGUGCAUUUGAGAGAAAGAAGAAAUGCGAGUCCUUUAGGGUUUACCACAUCACAAGAGCAAAUACAAAAACAAUUUUUAUCUUGAUUAUUACUUUAUAUGAUGAAGUAACAAGAAGCAACAGGAAAUGGAAACAGUUUUGAACUGAUUCUAAAAGCUCUUACCAGUCUAAUACAUUGAGAAUAAAUACCAGUGCAAACAGUCUGUUUCUCUUUUAAAAAUGUUAAGGACCGAAUAAGGGAGCGUUUAUGUUACUCUUUGUUUCUCCGUUUUAAUUGAAAACACCUGACCUCCGAGACCUGCAUAAUUCUUCAUACCAUACAAAGCCGAAUCCAAUAGUUUGUUUAUUGUUCAUUCUAAUUAUCUCCACCCUCAAAAUGUCUAUACCCCAAUUUAAACGAACCAGUAGUUCGAAUUUUUCGUCUUCGCAUAUCGUGUAAAAUCUCUCCUUUUUUCUCUAUUUUCCGGUGUGACGUUGAAUGCGCCUUGCGUCCCUUUUUCCAUCGUUGUCGAUACCAUUGUUAUAGUAUAUUAGUACUCGCACUACAUACCUAUUAUCCCGUCACGAGAAACUGUGGGAGGAAAGCGCGACCGCCAGGACAAAAGGGUAUGCGGCGUCAACCGCCACCAGGGUUGAAGGGGCGAAGCUUCCAAGUCACUUCGACGGAACUCUGACGAAUUGGCCGAACCGUGCAAGUCUAAGCGGGGCCGCAAUGCUCCAUGCCACUAACGUGCAGGAUCGACACGACGGAAUUUGAAGGAGCUUCUUGUUUCCCGUGUUACGUGCUAAUUAUGUAUGUAGUUAAAAUGGUAUUGACAUCGACAAAGAGUCGCGAGAUUUAAGCCAAUCAGAAAUGGCGAAAUAUUUUGAAUAAAUGAAUUAUGUUCCAUAUUAUAGCACUCGGGAGUUUAAUUUUGCGGAUUGGCGAUUUUUUGGACUUUGCGGGAACUAACUUUUCUUGUUGGUUCAGUCUGGUUUUGUCACUGGAAAUUAAUCUGAGUGCAUGAUUUUUAAGAAUAUCAUUAGAAAUUUUUGCGCCUAUUUUGAGUCCAAAUACUGUUGUCUUCUAGGUUAUUAUUUGCAGUUGUAAAUUUCAUUUUUGCGGUUUUGUGCUUUUAAACUGAUGGAGCUAGUGGAGUUAUUUUAUUGCCGUAAUACAACUGAAUUUUUUCACAUGCGUACAAGACCGGUUAUGGCAUGAGAAAAAGUUAUAAUCCUAAAUUAUUAAUCUUUAUUUUGUUAAUUAGACAUUACCUUUUGAAGUAGCCUGCGUAGCAUGGCGGUUUUGUCGAACGUACUACUGAGCGGCGAAGGCGCAAAAGCGCGCGCGAACGAGCGUUGAAGCCCAAUCUCCUCGCGGUUUCUUUGCCCACAUCCGCCAUGCUACGCAGGCUACUUUUGAAGAGGCGUCAAAACUUUCUCAUUUUUUAGGAGCGUUUCAGUUACUACUUUCAGCAUUUUUCUGAAAUGGCUCCGUUAGGUUAACUUCCCACUCGUUCCAGUCUCCUCGAGAAAACGCCUUUGCGCUCGGGGCAUAAAAUGUACACACUGCUGGCAGGUCUAAAGUAUUUCUCUUCAUUGAAAAACAGGGAAAAUUUAUGUAGCUGGUGGAUUUGACGGUACAACAAGGCAUACUAGCGUGGAGUGCUAUGACCCAACAAUCGACACAUGGACUCUUGUCAGUGAGAUGCAGACUUCAAGAGAAGGUGCUGGCCUAACAAACCUUGAUGGCGUACUGUACUGUGUGGGUGGAUAUGAUGGAAACCGUAUUUUAAACAGUAUUGAACGGCUUGAUCCUAGGACUGGCCGCUGGACUAGCUUAGCUCCUAUGAGUACCAGGAGAUCAGGUAUGAAUACCAGGGUAACUAGUAUUUCCAUCAAAACAAUUCUUAGCACUGCAGAGGAUUCCAAUUUUUUUAACCCACAGUUUGAGCUCUAUCUCUCUUUAUGAUGAAACUGUAUUAAUGUGGCGGUCGACAAAUGCUGGAAGAAAAUUCGCCUUUACUAAUUGAGAGCAACUUAAAAACAUUGAUAAAUAUCCUAACCCUAAAAAAGUGAAAAUAGGUGACAAAUGGAAAUGAGAACGAAUGAACUCAGUCUUCCACACGUUGGAGGAAGAGGAUCCAGGUUGGAAUAAAUCACAGAUUUUCUGUAGAUGGAGAUUGAAUUUUUCUUUGUGCAGGAGAUAAAAACUCCUCUAUUGGUCUGUUGUAUAUAAUUGACUUACGCUACUAGUUUCUUGUAUCCGGAUUGUUUGUCUUUAAAAAUCGUCUUAAGCUCGCUUUCUGAUUGCGCUCCGUUUUCCUCCUUUCACUUUCUCUACAAGAGUCAUCCCAGAUAAGCUGUCAGUAGGUUUCAUUUCAAAGGGUGGCCCCUUUGUACAAUUGUAACUUUGCAGCUGUUGGUAUUAGGUUUUUUUAGGCUCACGAAAACCCUAAUCCUUUAACUGUUACCAGUAGAUGCAAAAGAGUUGGCGUACGUUGUAAAACGCUUUCCGCUUGAAAACUUUUCUCUUUACUCGAUUCUUUAUUACAUAGCAUAACAAAAUGUUUCUAUAGCGCUUAUACUUAGGAGUUUUAAGCCGUUUUAAUAUAAAAUCGUAGUUUUCACUCCAGAAACAAGCAGAAAUGGCUGCCGUCUUACUGUUACUUGAACUACAGGUAGCUUCUCCAUGUGCUGUACAAGGCGAAAAGACAACGACCGUACUCUAUACUUGACACCAUUUUUUUACGUUGGGCUCAAGUUUCAUUUUCUGCCGUAGAGCUGAAGCUUGCCUGCUACGCGUUACUGCUUUCGUCGUUCUCGUUCCAUAUGGAACGAUGCAUAUUUCCCUUCGUGGACCCAUUUAGCUUUCAGGUGAAGUUAACAAAUUGGUAAGCAACAAUGUCAGCAAAGAUAGAUCUUUCCAGCGAUACCUCGUUUUGGAUAUUCUGACCAAUCCUAACAGAGUUGCACUCGCAAAAAAGGUAACAUUUUGGAGAAAAAUCCACUGCCAAUUUCGCUGUUUACCUUCUACUCUUUGAAGAUUAAAUUUGUCCCUUUCCUAAAAGGUUGACCCGCCACUCUCCCAUGCUAGAUAAAGUGGGCAACCAAAAUGCUAUUAAAGAAGAAAGGCAAGUCCAGAUUUUGGCUUGUGCGCAUGCAUGAAAAACAAAAAAGCUGUUUAAUGACGUCAGAUUAGCAGAAAAAAAUUUGCCUUUUUAGUGCAAAACUCAUUUUAGCCAUUCUUAUGCUAAUUAGCCGAAAACCAGUCUAAAGGAGAGGAAUUGGUGAAAGAUGCCGUUUUUUCGCUAUUUGCUGGCCGUCACCAAAGGGUUAAUGGGAAAGGGAAACGUGAAAUCAGUGCGCGCGAGGAUGGGGAGAAGGAGACGCCUACGCGCAAUGGCGGUAUUGUUUGAUGAUCUUGUGUGCUUAAUAAUUUCCCCGUUCCCUUCCUCUUCAAAUGCCUGCCUGUGUCGGAUGCUUGAGCUUUCUCCCAUUCGUUGCCUGGGACAAUAGUUGCGAGAAGCACUUAUCUAAGCCUACGAGCAAGCUCUCUAAGAGACCGCCUCUGGGUCUCCGGUUCCUCGCUCCCUGAUCUGCACUACACUUAUCUGUAUGGGUUGCAAACGCGGUAGCACAUUCUUGAUACUGAGUUAGCUGUAGAAUUUUUAACUUUUUGGAUUAGAAUCACUAGAAAGAAAUUUCUUUAGAGAACUGAACAGUUCCACGAUUUAUUUGGUGACGGGAAAUUUAGUGAAAAACAACAAGUAAACAGAAGCUGACAAGUAAAAUUGCAUGCAACAUAGAAAUCUCUCUGAGUUUUAUCUCCACUUUUGAUGGGUAACUAACUAUACGGUCGAGAGUUUUAACCAUGCAUUUCGUUCAAAACGGCCUACUUUCAAUCUCUCAACAAACAAGGAGUUCGCUCUCUAAUUCCAAAAAAGAAAAAGAACUCGGAGGUUUUAAGGAACUGGAUACCUUCGUCUAGCCAGUCCGGCAAUGUAAAAGUGCAAUAUAUUGGCGAAAGCUUAAGAUGAAGAUUACAAAGCAAACUGAGUUGCCUGAAAUUACCGUCUUUCUAGACUUCGAGAAAGCUUUCGAUUCAAUCGAAUGAGAUUUUCUUCAGUUAUGUCUUACAGUCUUUUAAUAUCCGCCAACAGUUUAGGCGCUGGGUCAGUAUUUUUUACAACAUUACCAGUUGCGUGCUUAAUUUACAACUGUGCUUCAAAACUCUUUCUUAUAGAACGAGGUGUACAUCAAGCCUGCCCCUUUCUUGUAUUUUUAGUUGCUUUUAUCAUUGCCACAGAAGUUCUUGCCCAAAAUAUUAGAAAUUCCAAUGAGAUUCAAGGUAUCAAAAUACAGAAUAAGAGAGUCGUUGAAUUAUCACAAUAUGCGGUUGAUACUACAGCUAUCCUCGCCAACGUUCAUUCCGUAAGUAAUCUUUUUGCAUUUCUUUUCCGAUUCGAAAGAUGCGCAGAGCUGAAAAUAAACUUAUCAAAAUCCGAAAUGUUAUGGCUUGACUCAAUGAAACACAGAAAGGACGGAGUUUUAGAUCUUCAAAUAAAAGAUGAACCUGUCUACGCUUUAGGCACGUAUUUCUCGAACGAUGAUGAGCCAUCGGACCGGGAAAACUUCCUCGACAAGCGCACGAAGUUAGAAAAAACUUUAAACUUUUGGCCUCAAAGGGAAAUCUCAGGCAACGGAGGAAUAGAUAUCAUCACAACGUUAGCCCUUUUAAAGGUCAUUUUUGUCUGUAGUUUUAUUGAAAUACCACCUCGUUUUGCUGAAGAAUAAGUUUCAAUUCAAGAUAUUAGUCUCGCUUGCGUAAGCAGCUAGACUAAUAAUCUGUAAGCCGUUUUUCUUCGUGUUUAGGACACAGAAAGGGAGUCAUGCUCCCAGGCGUUCCUAGCGGAGACCGUUGAAACUGGGACUAAGAAUCGUUGCGUGACCGAAGCCACGCAUGUUUUGCGAAGAAAGCUUAGGAAAGAUUAAAUUUAGAGCUUUUCCAAAACAGGUCGGUCCACGAAUUCUAUCGCUUGAAAGUGUUGAUUACUUUGGAACAAGUGAACACUACAGUGGUAAAAAAAAGAAGAAUCUUAAUUAGCAAGACUGCGACGGUCGAGUGUUGUAAACUGUCAUUGUAUGUAAAUGGAACUUGUGAUGAGCAUGCGGUUUAUUUUCGGCGAUGAUUGAGAUGACGUGCCAUGUAAAUCACUUUUUUUUUUAUCCCUGACAAUGAUGUAAUUUCUCUGGAAUCGAGGCCCUUGAAUUUUCGUGUAUUUGUACACGCGCAUAGCCUGCGACCGCAGACGUAUUUCCGUUCGUCGCUAACACGUGUACUAAAUCAAUUCAGAAACAAAAAAAGUAAAUAUCCUGAAGAAUACACGACCGUCGAUAAAGUAGGAAGUGAAAAACCUUUGGCGAGUAAAUCCUAUUUUAUAGAGAAUUAAUCGCCUUCUCAUUUCUCGAUAAUCUGCAAGCAAGCGAGACUUAACGCCGGUGUAAGAGCGUUCUUGUUAAUAGAAUUCUGCCCACGAAUAGCUUAUUAUAUGAAACGAAGAAACUCGAAUCUUCAAAUUGAAUUGCCCAUUUUGCACUUUCAGCUCUUUCUGGGUAGAUUUCCAAGACUGGUUCAGUUGCCACAAAGAGAACUUUCAAAUUUAGAUGUUUUAUAUUGUACAUUUUACUCUUCUUGUCACUGUUUAAACCUAAACCAUCUCAUAAUUAUAGGAAGUACUUUCCAUACACUUAAUGUCGAUGCUAAAAACAAAUUUCAGUACGAUGACUUUAUAUCUCUCAUCGCAACUAAAUCGGGCGAACAAGAUAAAUACAGAAGAAAGUGGGAUUUCAUACAAAAUAUUUUCUCAUUCUCCCUGCCAUGUAGUUUUCUCUCUGUUAUAUAUCAAUACAGCUGUGAAAACCAAAAAUGAUCUCAUGUAAUUUUUGACUGUGCUUUAACGGUGGUUGUAACGUUUGUUUAGUAUAACCUAUUAUUAGUGUUUGUGUUCUUGUAAUUUAAAGUGCUAAAGUUACACAAAGCGAAUUAAAAAUAAAGAAAUGAAAGCAACCCAAGCUCUUUUGGUAAGAAAAGAAAGUUCUCUCAGAAGGGAUAAUGUGUUCAGCUAUGUGUAUGUAUGCAGUGACAGCAAGUCUAGUCUUUCGCCAUGUAGUUGAUCAGUGUUUCUUUUCAAUACAGGUGCUGGAAUAGUAGUGCUUGAUAGCCAACUAUUUGCUGUCGGAGGCUACGAUGGAAGUCAACACUUGUCAUCUGUGGAGUGUUACAGCUCAUGUAAUGAUCAGUGGAUGAGCAUUGCAGAAAUGAAGUCAAAGCGGUGCUAUGUAGGCACAGCAGUCAUGGGCGGCAAGCUUUAUGCGGUUGGUGGUUACGAUGGUUUUUCUUUGUUGGACUCAUUUGAGAGAUAUGAUCCAUUGCUACAAGAGUGGACUUCAGUAAGCUCCAUGGCAACAAGUCGAUGUGAUAUGGGAGUCGCUGUUCUACAUGGAGAUUAAAAUAUUGUUUUUACUUUCCAACAUGCAUCUGGCGUUAAUUCCUAAUGCGAAGAAGAUGCGUCUGGUAGGAGAAUACGGAUGUACAUUAUCUGGGAGGGUGCUACAAGUGGACAAACUGUCCGGCGUUCAUAGAGUGAUUUAGCAACAGAACAGGAAAGUCAGUUAACGACGGGAUAACGCGCGGAAAUGACUGAACGCGACUUCCGGUGCACAUUUCGCCGCUUUGCCACUAGUCAAGCCGGCUUUUUGGGUCACGCGCGCCAUUGAUUUUCACUGCCCGAAGGCUACGUGCAAAGGGACGCAACAACUCCCAACAUUGUUGGUCCAACAAUGUUGCGAGUUGCUGCGUUCGUUUGUACGAAGCUAUACGUUUGACCGGUUUCAAACUUUACGCAAAAACUCUCAACAACACGCAACGGGGUGUGCAAACGCAAACGCAAACGAACAUGUAAAAUCCAAAAUGUUGGGAGUUUUUGGCCAAAAAUGUUGCGUCCGUUUGCACGAGGCUUUACACUGCCGUCGCGUUGUCUUUGCUAAUCUGCCUCAUAAGGUAGAAAGCGCUUACUCCGUUUCCUGCAGUAAUUAUGCAAUCUAAACCUCACUGAACUUUAGAUUGCGUAGCAAGCGUUUCCGUUUGGUUUUGGAGCAAAAAAAGACCGAGGAAAGGGUCUCGCGGUCUCUGAAUCUCGUUCCUCGUUCUUUGCUCGGAAACGUGUAGGGAAACGCUUGCUACGCAGGCUACCUCAACUUUGACAGAAGGCGUUUUACCCUUCCUGAACCAUCCUAUAAUUAUCCAACGUACGGAAAGUUUACCUUGGUUAGUGUUAUUACUCGUUGGAAUCAGUUUUUGAAAAAACAAGGUAAUGCUUAGGGAGUGUUUGAACCUCUCAUACGAAAAUGAAUAGGUCUACGGCGAGUGUUUAAAAGUGUUCAACAAAACUUGUAGUUCGUGUUUUACCGAGUUAAAAAUAAAAACACUCUUGUUCGUUUAUUAAUCUGUACAAAAAGUAGUUAACGCACACAACCUUGCAC